CGUUGCUGUUUGUCCUCUUCGCGACUCCGUAGUGACGGGAUUGUUGUGGUGUUGCAGAAAUCUGACUUUCGAAUAGGCUUGCGUCGGGGCCCUCGGGAAUUUUGUUGCAGUUUCUGAGGGCGGGAGCGAAUCUGCGGCUCAGUCGUUGCUGUACCUUAUCCCUCGGGUAACGAAGGUCGAUUAGGCAGCAUCAGUGAUUAACUCAGUGAGUCAACUCUGUGGGACUCGAUUUGGAGCUGGGCGCUCCCUCGUUCCACUUUUGGGGUCUGAAACCAGGGGUUUGAAAAAAUGAAGCGUGGUCACCUGUUUACCGUAGAACUGACUCCUAGUGGCAGGUUGAGGGCCAACGGGUCUUGUAGGAGCUGCUUCUAAGUAGUUCCGGCUCAGACAUGUCGCCAGCUCCAGAUGCCCCUCCAGCUCCUACGUCCGUCUCCCUGUUUGACCUCAGCGCUGAAGCUCCAGUCCUUCGGGGCCUGAGCCUGGUGAGCCAGGCUCCCGGGAAAGCUCUGGCCAGACCUCUGCCUACUUCCUGUCCAGGUUCAGGGCAGAAAGAAAGCCCAGAAAGAAAAGUAAUCCAAGGUCCUUUGGAUAUUUCAGAGAAGUUAUUUUGUUCAGCCUGUAACCAGAGCUUCCAGAACCACCAGGAACAGAGAGAACAUUAUAAGCUUGACUGGCAUCGCUUUAAUCUAAAGCAACGUCUCAAAGACAAGCCUCUCCUAUCUGCCUUGGACUUUGAAAAGCAGAGCUGCACAGGAGAGCUUUCCAGCAUCUCAGGAUCAGAAGACUCAGACUCAGCCAGUGAAGAGAAUUUACAGACACUGGGCAAGGAGAGGGCUGAAUGUGAGGGGCCUAACCGACCCCGAAGCUUUUGCCCCCAUCGGGUUCUUUUCCAGAAUGCCCAGGGCCAAUUUCUUCAUGCCUACCGCUGUGUGCUAGGCCCUCACCAGGUUCCCCCAGAUGAGGCAAAACUGCUGCUACAGAGCCUGCAAAAUGGAGGUCCCAGACACUAUGUGGUGCUCAUGGCUGCAGCUGGGCACUUUGCUGGUGCCAUUUUUCAAGGAAGAGAAGUCGUGAUGCAUAAAACCUUUCACCGCUACACUGUCCGGGCCAAGCGGGGUACAGCCCAGGGGCUUUGGGAUGCCCAGGGUAGGCCAUCACGCUCUGCUGGAGCCAACCUGAGGCGCUACAAUGAAGCCACACUACAUAAGGACGUUCGUGACCUGCUGACAGGGCCAGGCUGGGCUGAAGCUCUGGAGCAGGCUCAGACAGUUCUGCUGCGUGCCCCCCAUUCUGGCCGGUCCAUGUUCUUCGGAGGCCACAGGGCACCCCUGCAAAGGGAAGACCCCCGACUUUGGGAUAUCCCCCUCGCCACCCGCAGACCCACCUUCCAAGAACUCCAGCGUGUGCUCCAUAAGCUGACUACCCUGCAUGUCUAUGGAGAAGACUUUUGGGAGACAGUCAGAUUGCACUCACCUCAGGCACACAGGAAGACAGUGAGAAAAGAGAGGAAGAAGCCUAUUGAGGAAGAAAGAAAAAGGGUCCUGAGUGAUGAAAAUGAGGCGCUUGGACAGAAUGAAGAAUCACCUAAACAGGGUUCAGAGACGGAAGAUGAGCAUGGCGCCCAGGUAGAGUUGGAGCUAGUGGAGCUGACACUGGGGACCCUGGAUCUUCGUGAAUUUGAGUUAUUGCCCAAAAGGAGGAGGAGAAAAAGGAAUAAGAAGGAAAAAGCACAAGACCAGGAUGCUGGGGCACAUGUGACUCUUAACCAGCAACACCAAGAAGAUGAGCCCACCUCACAGUUAGCCCAAGUGGUUGCAGCCCCCUUGGGGUCUUCAGCGGAUGAGGCCAAGGCCCCUGGUCAGCUAGAGCUCUGGGAUGUGCUUCUAGCUGCUUGCCGAGCUGGAGACAUUAGAAAGCUGAGGCUCCAGCUGACUGCGGGGGCUGUAGACCCUGAAGUUAUGUCCCUACUCAAUGCCCCCUUGGGCUCUGGUGGCUUCACCCUACUGCAUGCAGCAGCUGCAGCUGGAAGAGGCUCAGUGGUUUGGCUGUUGCUGGAGGCGGGUGCUGACCCUGCUGUGCAGGACUCCCAGGCCCGGCCACCUUACACUGUGGCAGCUGACAGAGCAACACGAAAUGAGUUCCGAAGGUUCAUGGAGAAGAAUCCAGAUGCCUAUGAUUACGACAAGGCUAAGGUGCCAGGGCCACUGACCCCAGAAAUGGAAGCACAGCGGGCUACACGGAAGAGGGAGCAGAAGGCAGCCCGGCGGCAGCGAGAGGAGCAGCAGCAGAAGCAGCAAGAGCAGAAGGAACGGGAACAAGAAGAGCAGCGGCGAUUCACUGCCCUCAGUGACCGAGAGAAGAGAGCCCUGGCUGCAGAGCGCCGACUUGCUGCCCAAUUGGGAGUCCCUGCUCCUCCCAUCGCUGACUCUCAAGUGGCCAGUGCCUGGCGCUGCUGGAAUUGUGGGGCAUCACUCCAAGCCCUCAUUCCCUUUCACUACCUCGACUUCUCUUUCUGUUCCACACGUUGCCUCCAGGAUCAUCGCUCUCGGGCUGGGAAGCCCUUUUCCUGAUCUUUUACAGCUCCACUUGGCGUCACCUCUAGGCCUGGAGAGGACACAUUUACACCCCUCUUCCCCAUGACGCCAGACAGUAUUUGGAAGAGCAGGGUAAGGACCAUACAGGAAUCAGGGCAAAGACAGGGCCACAGAGGUGUGUGAAGCUGGUACUGUCUCUGGGUCUUUAAUCACAAUAAAGUUUGGCAAGGAAA